CGGAGCAGUCUCCCUCCCCGUCCUCAUGCCGCCCCCUCCCACCCAGGGGGAUCCGCUGCGGGGCAAGGGAACGGGGGGCUUCAACUGACCAGCGCCAGCCAUACCCCCGCACGGGCGGGGGGGGGGGGUUUGCAAACGCUGCCCCUUGAACUGUCCCCUCCUUAUCAACCCAUUCCAACCACUCCCCGGUCCCAUAGGAGCCGCAGGAAACUGCCCCGUAAAUUCUCCAGUUCCAGAAGUGUUUUAAUAUUCUCUGAAACACACUCGUAGCAGGGAAUAUGUUAUCUUCCCCUCCCCCUCUCCCUUUUGCAAUAAAGUGACAGAUAUUUGGGACUUAUGCAGAACCUCUCCAUUUAGAUGUAAAUGAAAUCACGAUGUACUUUGGAGGAUUGGGAUUUUAAUACUAUCAGCAUUUUUUAUUUUGAAACUGAUCACGCUACCUCAAUUAAAUUUUAAUGGAGGGCAAAGACUAGGGACAGCUUACUAGGAUCCAAAGCAUAGGCCAUUGAGCAUGUAGUAAGAACUACACAACUACUAUAUUGAGCAUGGAGUAAGAACAUCACAACAGGCUCUUGAGUCCCAUCUUGAUUGGUGUUAUACCUUCAAAGUUGAGUGACUGGCUCCUUUUCCUUCCAUCUCUGUUAGCAUAUGGAUGGACUCGCUGACUUCUUUUGUUAUCGUGAAUGUCUGGAUGUUCUAAUUCAUGGAUGUCACAAGUGCAUGUGUGGUUAUAAAUUGAAAUGUGUGACAGUAGAGACAGGUGGCAUGCUGGAGAGAAGUGUCUUGCCCCAUCUCCUGAAAGUGGGAAACUUUGUGAAGCCACAAUAAAGUCAGUUGAAACAGACAAGAAUGGGAAAUCAUUUGCAAUUGUAUCAUUUUUGGGGUCUGAAGAAAAGAACAUAUUAAUAACGAAACUCUGUAAAGCCAGAGAUCCCCGGAAUAGCUUAAUAUUUGAUGAUGAAGAUUUGGAAAAGCCUUAUUUCCCUGACCAAAGGCUUCCAUCUCCUGCUGUUGCUUUUGAGUUAUCUGGAGAUGGGGACUGUAUCCCUUAUACAAUUAAUAGGUAUCUGCGUGAUUAUCAAAGGGACGGGGUUCAGUUUCUCUAUGGACACUAUGCUCGUAAAAGAGGAUGUAUUCUUGGAGAUGACAUGGGACUUGGAAAAACAAUACAGGUCAUUUCGUUUCUGGCUGCAGUACUACACAAAAAGGGAACACGUGAAGAUAUUGAAAACAAUAUGCCAGAAUUUUUAUUGAGGACCAUGAAAAAAGAACCAACAUAUAUCCCCAAAAAGACUUUCCUAAUAGUGGCCCCUCUUUCUGUGCUUUAUAACUGGAAGGAUGAGUUGGACACUUGGGGCUAUUUCAGAGUCGCUAUUUUACAUGGCAGUAGAAAGGACAAUGAACUGAGUCGAAUCAAGCAGGGAAAGUGUGAGAUUGCUCUAACAACAUAUGAGACACUUCGCCUAUGUUUGGAUGAACUUAACAGCCUAGAAUGGUCAGCUGUAAUUGUAGAUGAAGCACACAGAAUCAAGAAUCCAAAGGCUCAAAUAACCCAAACUAUGAAGGCUUUAAAAUGCAGUGUUCGUAUAGGUCUUACUGGAACCAUUCUUCAGAACAACAUGAAAGAAUUGUGGUGUGUCAUGGACUGGGCUAUACCUGGACUUUUGGGUAGCAGAACACAUUUCAAGAAGGAAUUUUCUGAUCCAGUGGAGCAUGGCCAGAGGCACACCGCAACUAAGAGAGAGCUAGCAACAGGUCGAAAGGCCAUGCAGAAGCUAGCAAGAAAAAUGUCUGGCUGCUUCCUGCGACGUACUAAGGCUUUUAUUAGUGAUCAGUUGCCAAAAAAGGAAGACAGAACGGUAUACUGUUCCCUGACAGAGUUCCAGAAACAAGUAUAUCAGGCUGUGUUGGCAACAGAAGAUGUAAGCUUAGUAUUGCAAGCACGGGAGCCCUGUAGUUGUAGCAGUGGCCGUAAAAGGAAGAAUUGUUGUUACAAAACAAAUGCCCAUGGUGAAACAAUGAGGGCACUGUAUUUCAGUUACCUGACAAUCCUUCGGAAGGUUGCUAAUCAUGCUGCUCUCCUACAGACAGAGAACACCAGCAAACAUCAGGAAGAACAUAUCAAAAGGAUAUGCAACCAGGUAUUUUCCGAGUUUCCAGAUUUUGUACAGCUGAGCAAAGAUGCAGCCUUUGAAACAAUUUCUGAUCCAAAGUACAGUGGGAAAAUGAAGGUCCUUCAACAGCUUUUAAAUCACUUCAGAAAAAACAAAGAUAAAGUUCUUCUCUUCUCCUUUUCCACCAAGUUGCUAGAUGUGCUGGAACAAUACUGUAUGGCAUCUGGGCUAGAUUACCAAAGACUUGAUGGAAAUACAAAGUCAGAGGACCGGGUCAGGAUAGUGAGAGAGUUCAAUAGCAUGCAAGAUGUUAACAUUUGCCUUGUUUCUACAAUGGCUGGUGGAUUGGGUCUCAAUUUUGUUGGAGCCAAUGUCGUUCUGUUGUUUGAUCCAACAUGGAAUCCAGCAAAUGAUCUUCAAGCCAUUGACAGAGCCUAUAGGAUUGGCCAGUGCAGAGAUGUGAAAGUGUUUAGAUUGAUCUCGUUGGGGACAGUGGAGGAGAUGAUGUACUUACGGCAGGUUUACAAACAGCAACUUCACUGUGCGGUAGUUGGAAGUGAAAAUGCCAAGCGAUAUUUUGAGGCAGUGCAAGGAUCAAAGGAACAUCAAGGAGAGCUUUUUGGGAUCCAUAACCUCUUCAAGCUUCGAACCCAGGGGUCCUGCCUUACAAAAGACAUCCUGGAGAGGGAGGGUCAAGUGGAAGCAGGAGUCAUGACAGCCACUACAUGGCUAAAGGAGGAGCCAUCAUCAUGCAAGUUAGAAAUGCAUGCAGAGCCAGGUUGUGAAGACGAUAAAGCUCCUCUCAAAUCGGAGAAAGAGGAAUUUGAUUUUUACAGUGACUUUAGUGAUGAUGAACUUGUGGGAAGCUCAAGAACAAAAAGAAGUAGAUUUUGCAGUGCAAAUGACAUGCUAGUUUCACAGAAACAGCUUACCUUAAUGCAGUGUGGUUUUCUUAAACUGCUAGAGAGAGAAACUAAAGCUACUGAGGUCACUGAUAGUAAUGGUGCAUCUGAUCAUGAUAGCUCAGAUGCCAGGUCUGUGGGCCAAAGAGCAAAUGUAGAUGUCAAAUGCAUUGGUCUUCAGAAAAGUAGAAGUCAUAGUAUUUUGAGACGUCGGAGAACCACUGAAUCACCAAAUAGAAGUGAAAAACAAGAUAUGCAUUGUGCGAUUGUAGCGCCAGAUUGGCCUGUUUCAUCUGAAUCUGAGGAAGAAAAGGACAUUGAAAAUAAAAAUAUAGAUCAGUGCAUUUCAAAGGAAAUUGGCAUAGUCAUGGAGACUGAAGGCAGCUCAGAAGAGAGUGAUGAUGUCAUCUUUCCUUCACAAAUUCUAACUCACCAAGAAACUGCUCCUGCUAAAAGUGUUAAAAGAGACAAGGCUGUAUCAGAAAAAUUGGAAGGGUCAGAUACAGAAAAGACCACUAAACAUACACCUAAAAGAGACACUUUGGCCUGUAAACAAUCUCUAUUCCAUAAUACUAGGUCAGUCUUCACCAAAACAAAGACUUGGAAAAAUGCCCAAAAGUCCACAACAUAUGUGAGAGGCACUAGUGACAUAAGUGAUGAGUCUGAUGAUCUUGAAAUACCCCUAUGGUCCAAAUCAAGAAACCAGAAAGCCUUCACUGCUCUUACGUUGAAACAAAAAUAUGAUCGAAAUAAGAAGUUCUGUAAUUCUUCCAGAACUGUGGUGCAGGCAAACAAGCCAAACAAUGGAGAAAAGGAAACCGAUUCACAGAAUAUAGGUGAAUUUUCAUCCUCUGAAGAUGGUUUACCAGUCAAGAAAAUUCACUUAAGUAAGCAAAACCACAGGCACAAAAAACAGAGACGCAGAAUUCAGUUUGACCCCAAAUCACCCUGUCGUGUUAGAGGUGCCUCAGUUAUAGUUUCGACACCCAGUCACUCUCAUGUGCACAAGACCUCUAUAAGUAAGAGAGCAUGUGUCAGUCAAGAAGAAAAUGUGGGAUCAGUGGACAAUUUUUUAGACGGUGUUCAAGAAGUGGCUUAUAUUCAUUCAAACCAGAAUGUGGUUGGAUCAAGCAAGGCUGAGAAUCAGAUGAGUAACUGGGCAGUGCGAGAUGUGUUUGAGUUGAAGCAGUUUUCCCAGCUCCCUGCUAAUAUAGCAGUCUACAGUGCCAAGAGAGAGAAGGAAACCCAAGAAGCCAUAUCAGCAAAAAAGAACAUUAAGAGAGAACAGCAAAUAAGUGACAAGAGUAAGCAGUCUCACCUUUGUAUUGCACAUCCUGCAAUCCAGAAGAAGAAAAAGGUACACAGAGUAGGUCCAACUACCUUCUUGAUUGGAGAGACACCCAAAAGCAUUCGCAGGAAACAGUUUGAAGAAAUGGUAUCCCACUUUAACAUGGCUUCAGUUGAAGAACUUGCAGAAUAUAUUGCAAAAGCCACAUCAGGAGUACGACAGAAAAUGUUGAGAGAUUUUUAUGCUGGAAAGUGUCCAGAGUUAGAGGACCUAUUUCCAGUCAAAGUUCCAGUACGCGUUUCAGAUGGGUGUGAGGAAGAAGAGGUGUAUAUAAGUCAUUGUAGAAAGAGAAGGGCCAUUGUAAAAUGUGGACAAUCAAGGUCUGGUCCUUCAGCUGAAGAUCCUCCCUGUGUGACUGCAGGAAUAUGUAGCCAAAAAAGACACAAAGGAGAAGCAAAACAGUUUCACAAUGAUUUCUGCAUUCAAGAUGCUGUGUGUCUUAAUUCAAAAGAUAAACAAUUGUCCACUGUCAAUACCCAAAAUAGCUUCAGUGGGAGAAACAGUCAACCAUUCAAAGAUUUUAUGGCAACUGACUCAGUAAGCAGUAAAUCAGAAAUAAUAGAUGUGCUCUCUGUAAAUAUCACUAAAGGACAGCAGGACUCGGAGGGGAUGGAAUCUCAAAGAAAAAGAUCCCUGUCUCAGUCAGAAAACAGAGAAAGAGAAACUCAGACUUACAAGAAAAACUCUUUUGUAGACUUACUAGGAGACACCUCUGUUCUCAAUGACCUCUUCAAAAGUAAUGGAAACAGGCCUACGGAGCUGCCAAGAACAUCUCUUUCAGGGCCUGCAGAAAAAGCAAAAGAACGACCAAAAGACUUCUGGGAUGUGCUGAAUGAGCAGAAUGAUGAGAGUCUCAGAAAGCUCACAGACAUGGCCGUCAUAGAGGAGUUGUGUGAAAGAGUACCUCCUAUUGCUUUGACAAAAAAGAAGGAAGUUCAUGAAAGUUCUCUUUGGAAACAAAAUGAUAAUUUUUUAUGGAAAAAAUAUAAUCUAAGUGAUUCAGAUGAGUCUACAUCUGGCACACACACCUUUUGAUGUCUAAAUAUGAAAGACUGAUCUUAAAGUUCAGAAACUGUAUCUGUCCCUGGAUGAACAAUGGCAUAGUGGAGAACUGCAAUUUGCUGAGAAACUGAAUUCAAAAUCAUUUUCAAAUUAAUAUUAAUCUUCCCCCUCUCGCUCCCUUUUGCAUGUUCCCUGGAAUUUUGCUUUGACUGGGAACCAAAAGUUGAUGAAAAAAUCUUCACUUCUCAUGUUUGCAUCCUGCAAAUGUUAUGUCUUAAAUACUUCUUUUUCCACAUGACUUCAUGUGCUAGCAAUUUGACUUAAUGAGUAGCUGCAAUAAAUGUACAGUAUGGAAAUGUUGUUACAAGUCUGCUAGAGCAUUCCCAUGCUUAAGCAAAGCAUUGCGUUGAAAGAGAUGUAAAAUAUAUAAUUACUCUGAGGCCUUGAACAAAAUCCUGGUUCUUAGUUCACUCUUACCCUUUUUUGGACAGUGUGAGUAAACCUUAAUUAUGCCUUGUUUUUAAAGAGAAUUGCUGAGGGCCUGUACAUCUGGACUUUGCUUUCCCUAUCAUCAUCUAUGGAUAUGUUCAAGCUAUUAAAAUGAACACAAUUCACUGCAUAUUGUUUAUUUUAGUUGAAACCCUGCCAAGUUCCUUACCUAAUGAUGUAUUUAAAAGAUCUCACAUAAGCAUAUUGGUAAUUUUAUUUGGAAAUUCAAUUUAGCGGAUGCAGCAAACAAGAUGAACCCAGAAUUAAAUGUGAUUAGAUUUCCUCUCCUGAAUAUUUACAAAUUUUAGAUGUUAAAUCUGCCUUCCAAUCCCCUUCAAUGUCAGCCUGUUGCCAAUUUGUUUCUCAUUGCUUAGAAGAGCAGAAAAUCAUGGGUGUGACUGAAAUGUAGGUUUUGCAGUUAUUGUUGCUUUUCUCAGAACUGAAGCAUUCAGGUUUUUUUUUUAAAUGGUUAAUGAAUAAAUUCUGUGCUGACUUAUACCCUAUACAGUUUCAGUUAGUUUCUUAGUUCUUUUGAAUGUCUGAAGCAGUCUUCAUAGUGUAAACUGAUGCACUGGUAAUCAGUACCUCUUAUUGAAAAGAAUCUGUAGUGUCUAGUGAUGGACAGAAAUAAAUCCACAGGUUAAUGGUGGUUGAACUUUAAAUGGUUUGCAAGUUAAGAGUCCAAUCCUCCAACUCUAUCAAGUCAACAGAAGGGGGCCAGCAAAGAAGGAAGUGCAUGCACCACUUUUCAAAGGUGUGACAGGACCACUCUGCCUGGUACACCCAGAGCAUUGCACUGUCUGAUGCAGUCAGAUACCACCGUGAUGGGUGUGAUAUAAAUGCUUGGGUAGAUGGAUGGGUAGACACACUGGCUACAGCAGCUCUCACUGGCACAGUGCCACCACUGAGAGGUGAAAUCUGUCUGCUAUUCAGUUUAAGACCUGGUCCCAGGAGGGCUCAAUUUUGGUUAAUGACAUGUUGCUGAACAUGAUCUGUCCUUACCAAUUAAAUGGUUAUGAUAUAUUAACAGUUUCCCCAAAACUGAGCUGAGUGGAAAAUAUUUUUCUUCCUGCAUAAAUUUUUUACUUUUCUGUUUUAAAAAAAAAAUGGUGGUGGUUGAGGCGGGGGGCGAAUUUGGCCACAAUCUUUAGGUUAAAAUUGAAAAUACUUCACUGAGCCUCAUGGAAGUUGUAGUUCAGGUGUCUCAUACUCCCAUUCUCCUCUAUGGGCCAGGCUCCCUGGAUGAGCUAUAUCUUCCCUGAUACAUUCGAGUUUCUCCUCUUGCUGAGCAUAGAACAGUGCUUCAUCAGAAUCCCUAGCUGCAGUGCAUUGUGGGAGAUGUAGUCUGGCUGGGGAACCUAGCCCAUAGAGGAGAAUGGAGGCAUGAGGCAGCAAAAUAACAACUCCCAUAUAGCACCAGAGCAGCAUUUCCAAAUUGAAAUAUUUUAGUUUUAGACUUAAAUGCUUUGGUUUUUUAGGUGUUCAGCUUUUUAAUGAAAAGUCAGGUUUCCAUGGAAAGCAGGACACUUUCUGUGACAAAAGGUUGUUUAGUCAAAAACCCAAUUUUUUAUCCAAAAACAGUUUCAACAGAAAAUUUUCAAUCAGCGCUACCCAAAAACAUUGUGUCUCUCUCUCUCUCUCCUAAUAAACAUUAGAGCCAUGACUAACAUCAUUUGAUCUGAGAAACCAUGAACUUAGGGUAAGUUCAGAUCUGAGCUCUGCAACUCAGGCCCUUGUUAUUAUCUUCAUGUAUUUCAAAUUCAAACAAAAUGACUCCUCUUCAUAUUUGUUGUAUUGAAGGAUGGGCAGACUUCAAAAAGCUGGGUAGUAGUUUGAAACAGGACUUGAAGAUGCUUAUUUUAAGCCUUCCCUAAUCUAUCCAAACCAUUUUAUCCUUCAAAACAGGGGUUGAAACAUUAUGAAAGUAGCGUAGUAGCUUGUGUUUCCUGUUUUGCCUGCAACCAUGAGUUACAGAUAUGAGUAAGGCUGAAAAUAUAAUGAAAAAAUCUAACGGGCUAGGGUUUGUCUCAGGAGUCAGAUGAGUGGAGAGUCAUUUUAUGGGAACCUGUUCCUAGUUGCACUAUGUUAUUCUGGAGAAAUUCUGCCCUAUUUUGCUCCAUACUACUGGUUUAGAUGGUUCUUUUACUUGACAAAUUACUGAGACUAUUUUUUAAAAUUAUUUAAAAUUCUAUUUUUAAAACAAAUAUAGCAGAAGAGCAGCAAUAGUACUGCCACGCUCUUUUACAAGGCCAUAAUUCAGUCCCCUUGUUGGCAUAACCCAUGAGAGCUUUGGUCUCAUAGCUUCUCCAUUUGGUGACUGGAUUACUGCCUUGUAAAACAGCAUGACAGUACUAUUACUACUAAAAGAAGGGACAGCCAUCCAGAGAGCCAAUUGGCUGACACCUUUUUUUCUUUUGGCCAUAAUAUUUUUGUUCUUGGAAGUAGCAUAUAAAACAAAAUGUUUGCAACUCUAACACCUAAUAAUUUACCUUUUUUCCCUGCAAUAUGAAGUCUAUUUUAUAUAGUUUGCUUAAUUUAUUAUCAACUUGCUGAUAGUAUUAUUCAUUAUUUAUAUAGCACUGUAAAUGUAUGAGGCAUGUCACAAUAAGUAAUAUGUCUAAGUAUGUAUAUGGCUCCUUUACAAAUAUUAUUAAUUUACCCUCCCAAGACUUCUGUGUGGUAGGGACAUAUUAUCCCCGUUUUACGUAUCAGGAACUGAGGCUCAGAAAGAUUAAAGAUUAGAUUGUGUAUCAAUUUCUCACAUUGGUGAGCAUUUACAUACAGUGUCCUAAUGAAGUCACCCAAUGUGAAUGUGAAGAAGGGGUGCAUAAUCUAGCCCUUUGUGACUUGCCCUGGGUCAUAGCAAAAGUCAGGAUGGAACCCAUAUCUCCUGAGUCCCAAGCCAGUAGCCUUAACCACAAAAUCAUUCUCCCAUUCCUUUGAGAAGUAAAGGACACAAUGCCUGCCCAAAGAGUUUACACUUUAAAGGCACUGUUGUGUGUCCUGGUCCCACUAAUAUGGCCUGGUAUCAUGCAGACAAACAGAGAUCAUUGUGUUGUCACUGUAGCUGCAGCAUUUCCACAAUUUAGGUGGGUUUGCGGAGACUUUUGAAGGAGGACAGAACAGGAAUUUAGAACAACCUCCCAAUUUUUUCACACAUUCACGAGAGGGGGGCGGGGAGAAAGAGUAGUGGAUAAAAGUCCUCAGAAGAAUGUUUCCUGCUGCUAGAGCAAAGCAGAAGACCAUAGCCGGCUGGAUAAAAUAGAGUAGCCCCCGAGCUGUUCUAUUCUGUGCCAGAUCUAAGGAAGGGAAUCAGGGAGCCAGCUAUUCCCCUCUUUGCUGCACCCAAGAUCUGGCUUUGUGCCUUUGAUGAAUAAACUACUGCUAAUUAUCCAGCUAGAUGAGCAAUAUUUUUUCUUUUCAAAUACAUAAUUGCUUGUUUGAAUCCAAAAUUGCCAAAUUUCAUCUGUAUCCACAUUUUUAUUCAAAUUCACUCUGAACUACCAGUACUACAGAAAUCUGCUUCCAGGUUGUCUUAGGGCUUGUCUUCACUACAGAGUGGAGUUAUAACUCAAGUGGAGCUCCUAACUCAAUUCCCAUCCACACAUAAAACCCCUUAACUUGAGAGUGGUGGUGCUUUUUACUCAAGUUGGCUGAGCCAUCAGGGCCGUACCACUGUAGUGUCUCACUGUAGAUGUUGGGUUGCCCUCAAAGUUAUAUAAGUAUGAUAGAAUUAUCAUUAUGUAGUAGUAGAAAUAAAGAUAGACAAAAGAGUAUAUAGGUAUUGUAAAAAAGUAUGAACAUCAGUUCCAUGCUGUUGAAUUUCACUCUGUAAUAAAUGCAAGGCCAAAGUGCUAAUUAUUUCAGACCGGAACAGGACAAAGAGUCUGUGCUGGAAAGUGAUAAGAACUUUGAGAAAAUAAUGCUGUUCUUUAAAACAACACUCUGAUGCUCUUUCCCCACGGGGGCCCCUUGUCAUGCCUAUGUAAAUCUUGGUAUCCAAAGAGGGAAAAAUAGAUAGUGGGAUAGAACUUGUUCAAUGAAUCAAGAAUCAUAGAUUGUGUUGUUAAGUAAAAGAAUGGAUGAUGAGUGCAUGGAAUUGAGAGCCUGAAGCAGGGAAAUAAUUGGUUAGUAACUAGUGCCAGCCUAAUCCUAAGAAUUUCAACCUUGGUAUCGAUGGGCCGAAGAAUAUGCAAAGUGGAGAUAAUCGGAUGACCCCGGAGGGCGAACUGGAAUCCAUGCAAAACGCAUCAAGGAAGAACAAGAAGAUAACACCUAGCCAUCAUGGAUGUACCACCUACUGAUUGAGCUGAUUGAUGGUCAUCUCAAUUGUAAAUUCAGCAUGAUGAAGCAACUUCCAUAGACUUGUAUUGAACCAGAGACCUACAAAAAUUGGGUCCAGGGACUGUGUUCUUUGAGUCUGGUUCUACAACCACCCUCCAGGAGCAUCGGAUGCGCAUCUGACAAUGACUCGGCUCCACUCUUGUGUCCAGGCCACCUGGCCAAUGACUUGGCACGAGCAAUGUCUAGGCUGGUAACUAUAACAACCUUUUUGUACAACCUGUGUGUGAAUGUCUGUGUGUGUGAAUGGAUCUAUAUAGAAAUUGCAUAUAGGAAUACUUUGUUGUAUUUACAAUAAACAUGGCAACUUGCC